CCGUUGGCGGCGGGACCGGAAGCGGCGGCCGGGCCGGGCCGGGCAGGCGGGAGAUGUCGGCGAAGCGGAAGGCGGAGAAUGUGAUCCCGGCGGAGGAGAGCGACCAGCUACUGAUCCGCCCGCUAGGAGCUGGCCAAGAGGUGGGAAGAUCAUGCAUCAUUGUGGAAUUCAAAGGAAGAAAAAUCAUGUUGGAUUGUGGGAUACACCCUGGUCUUGAAGGAAUGGAUGCCCUCCCGUACAUUGAUCUGAUUGACCCAGCAGAGAUAGACCUCCUCCUUAUUAGUCAUUUCCAUUUAGAUCACUGUGGUGCGCUUCCAUGGUUCCUGCAAAAAACUAGUUUUAAAGGCAGAACAUUUAUGACUCAUGCUACAAAAGCUAUAUAUCGCUGGCUGUUGUCUGAUUACGUCAAAGUCAGUAAUAUAUCUGCAGAUGAUAUGCUAUACACAGAAUCAGAUCUAGAAGAAAGCAUGGAUAAGAUUGAAACAAUCAACUUUCAUGAAGUGAAGGAUGUGGCAGGAAUCAAAUUUUGGUGUUACCAUGCAGGACAUGUCCUGGGAGCAGCCAUGUUCAUGAUUGAAAUAGCUGGGGUGAAGAUUUUGUAUACUGGAGAUUUUUCACGACAAGAGGAUAGGCACUUAAUGGCAGCUGAAAUUCCCAGUGUCAGACCUGAUAUUCUUAUUAUAGAAUCCACAUAUGGUACUCACAUCCAUGAGAAACGUGAGGAGCGUGAAGCUCGAUUCUGUAACACCGUACACGAUAUUGUGAAUCGUGGAGGACGCUGCCUCAUCCCUGUCUUUGCUCUAGGCCGUGCACAAGAGCUGCUGCUGAUUUUAGAUGAAUAUUGGCAGAACCAUCCUGAACUACAUGACAUCCCCAUUUAUUAUGCCUCAUCCCUGGCAAAAAAAUGUAUGGCUGUGUAUCAAACCUAUGUCAAUGCCAUGAAUGAAAAAAUUCGAAAACAAAUCAGUAUUAAUAAUCCUUUUGUCUUCAAACACAUCAGCAACCUAAAGAGUAUGGAUCAUUUUGAUGACAUUGGUCCAAGUGUGGUGAUGGCCUCUCCUGGUAUGAUGCAAAGUGGUUUAUCCAGGGAAUUGUUUGAAAGUUGGUGCACUGAUAAGAGGAAUGGCGUCAUUAUUGCAGGUUAUUGUGUUGAAGGUACACUUGCUAAGCACAUUAUGUCAGAGCCUGAGGAAGUAACAACCAUGUCUGGACAGAAGUUACCAUUGAAGAUGUCAGUAGAUUACAUUUCAUUCUCUGCGCAUACAGAUUACCAACAGACAAGCGAAUUUAUUCGUGCAUUAAAGCCACCACAUGUGUUGCUUGUCCACGGAGAACAGAAUGAAAUGGCCAGACUGAAGGCAGCACUUAUCCGGGAAUAUGAAGACAAUGAUGAGGUUCAUAUUGAGGUCCACAACCCACGUAACACUGAAGCUGUGACAUUGUACUUCAGAGGUGAAAAACUUGCCAAGGUGAUGGGCUCAUUGGCAGACAAAAAAGCUGACCAAGGUCAAAGGAUCUCAGGGAUACUUGUAAAAAGAAACUUCAACUAUCACAUACUUAUCCCUUCUGACCUAUCCAAUUACACUGACUUGGCAAUGAGCACAGUGACACAGACCCAGGCCAUUCAGUACUCGGGAUCUUUCAUGCUAUUGGCACAUCACCUCCAAACUCUUGCAGAUGACGUGGAAGAAAUAGAAGUUCAGGAAAAACCAGCACUGAGGGUCUUCAAAGCAAUCACAGUGAUUCAGGAGCCAGGCAUGGUUAUGCUGGAGUGGGUGGCAAACCCAUUAAAUGACAUGUACGCUGAUGCAGUAAUGACAGUGAUUCUGGAAGUGCAGUCAAACCCUAAAGCACAGAAAGUCAUGCAACAAAGUGCAAACAAAAAAGUUGACAAGGAAACAUACGCAAAGAGGUUGGAGGUUAUGCUGGAAGAUAUGUUUGGCCAGGAUUGUGUAUCCAAAUCUAAUACUGGCAAUACUCUCUCUGUAACAGUGGAUGGAAAGGCAGCAAAUAUUUCUCUUGAUACACGGAUGGUUGUGUGUGAAGAGGGCAGUGUGGAGGAUGAACCACUUCGAGAAAUGGUGGAAGUGGCAGUGCAGCGGCUUUAUGAAACAAUACACCCAGCACUCUCUUGAAGUGGAGAAAACAGUGAUAAAUAUGAACUGUAUUCUGUUUGUGUCUUCAACAUUUAAUAACGUCCCUCCAUUUUUGUCAGCCGAGUCCCUUAUGCGAGUGCUGUAAAUGCUCCCAUCUAGUUUGAACAAACUGGAAAUGUGCAUUCUGUUGCAACUUUAAGCUGACUUUAUAUGUUUAGAACUAGACCAAUUGCUGUUUGAAGGAAAAUCUGGUUAAUUACCUCCUUUGAGCCAAAAGUACAAAGACUGAGAUGGCAUGACUUCAAAGUCAUCAAUAAUGCUGUAAUGUUUUCCUGAAAAUAUUAUUUCUUUGUUGUCAGUCUUGAUUGAGUAGUAAGGAAAUGAUCUGAUUUGGUUAUUUGAAUCUUUAUUUAGUAAAAAUAAAAUAACAACCAAAACAGAUGUGUUUUGGGGUAUCUGUUGGGUUCCUAGUAAGAUGGAAGUAGGCAUGUUUUAAAAAUAAACUUACAUUUUUACAAAAUUAA